AUGUCUACGCUUAUUUUUUCUUUAUUUUUUGAAAUUUUCUCUCUCUUAUUUUUCUCUUUUUGUCCAUUUCUCUCUUAUUUUUUUCUCUCUUUUUUUAUUUUGAAAGAAUUAAAGCUUAUUUUUCUCUCUUAUUUUUUUCUCUCUUAUUUUUUCUCUCAAUUAUUUUUUUUUGAAAGAAUUGUCUCUCGCUUAUUUUUCUCUUCUUUUGAUGUUUUUGUCUCUCUAUUUUCUUCUCUCUUUUUUUUCUCUCUUAUUUUUCUCUCUUUUUUAAUUGAAAGAAAUGUUUGUCUUAUUUUUCUCUCUUAUUUUUUGAAAAAUGUCUACGCUUAUUUUUUUCUUUAUAUUAAUUCCCCAUUUUCUUUUUUUUUUUUUUCUCUACAAGAAGGUGAAAAAAUGAAAGAAAUUUUUAUCUUAUUUAUUUUCUUAAAGAACUUUUUUCUCUUAUUUUUUCUCUCUUUUUUUUGUCACGCCUUAUUUUUCUCUCUUAUUUUAAUUGAUUGUUUUUUUUCUCUUCUUUUUUCUCUCUUAUUUUAA